AUGAGCUCGAUGGCUGAGGGCAGUGAGGGUUGGUCGCGCGAAGACGAGCUUGACCUAGGCCAGGAAAACGAUCUCCAACAAUCCGACCAUGGCGCCCUCGACCAAACAUUACCUUCCCCGCAGGAACCAGCGGAAGAGGUAUUGGACACGAUAGACGAUGCGGAGGACCACGAUUCUGAGAAGACAGCGAGACAGAAUGAUUUCAAUUUCCCAGAAACCCCUCCGCCGCGACACGCGGACUGGACCGCGAGGGGGAGUGUGGAUGGAACAGGGUCAAACCCCGACGAUUCCCCAUCGCUACAUGGCUCUAUUCCGUCUUCCCUAAGUAGCAGUGCUCUCGCGCUCCGCGGAUCUCCGCUAGUCAGCCCGAGCCCGGCCCGUCGCCCCUUUGACCUUCGCUUCCAGUCCCGAUUAUCUUCAUCGCCGCAAAGUGUGUCUAGAGCCGGCUCGCCAUUCCUAGCGCAUCUUCACUCCCGGCAGUCUUCAAUAACCAGCCAGCUUUCCCCGACCCCAGAAACAGAAGCCGAACCGCUCCAGGGGCCUUGGGAUGUCGUGCGAUGGACAAAGCUGCGGAAGAUCACUGGGCAGGCGUUUUCGGAAAUCGGGAAGCGCAAUUUUGGACGGCCAACUUGCCUUGCAGUCUCCACGUCUAUUGUGAUAGGUACAUCGAAGGGUAUUAUUCUCGUGUUCGACUAUCAGCAAAGUCUGAAGACUAUUAUUGGAACGGGCACACCAGCUGUUGAAUGCGGUACUGUUACAUCUCUAGCACUUUCCGCAGACCAUUCUACCGUUGCAGGGGGCCAUGACUCGGGCGAUAUUUUUACCUGGGAGAUUUCGCGCUCAGCAAAGCCUUUCCUUCAUAUCCCGCCAAUUCCGGCCAAUCAAGUCGAGACUCGAAUAUCUGAUGGCCAUCUUUCAGGAUCCGCGGUCAUUCAUAUCGGGUUUCUUGGCACCAGACGAACCGCGCUGGUCUCGGCUGACACACGGGGCAUGUCAUUCUCACACCUGGCAACAAGAGGAAUGGGUGCAGUGGGGCGAACAGUCAAAACGACUCGAAUCCUGGGUAGAUAUCCCCAGGCAACGGCAGAGACCAAGCGGCCGAAGCCUAGCUCUGUUCUUGCUUUCUCUCCUCUGCCACUCGGCAACGUAGAGCAAUCCACUGAUUCUUUGGGCCUCGUUGCUAUGCUGACACCCUAUCUUCUUGUUAUUGUGUCUACCACACCAGUCGCACAAACCCAACACAAAGCACCGAGACCCAAAGAAGUUCCCGCUCACAGUGCCAUGACCGGCGCCUUGUCAUGGUUUCCAGCCAUUCGACUGAAGGGCAAAGACUCCCAAACUUCAAAUACGAAGCUUGUCUACUGCUGGUCAAAUGUUUUGACCGUGCUGGAAGUCUCAGAGGCCGAGUCAGACGAAACUGCAGGCAAAGACAAGCCUCCCAGUCUUGCCUUCAGAGCACGUAGCAGAUGGAGAGCAGAUGAAGCCAUUGUGGCUGUUCAGUGGCUCAGUCGUUCGGUACUCGCGGUGUUCACAAUAACGCAGCGGCUCCUGAUCAUCGAGGAUUAUUCCAUGCAUGUGACCGACUCGGUCGAUCUCGCCAACAGACACAUAUAUCACACCGAUCUCUUCUCGUCACAGCUUCAUUCGCUAGUUGAACAACUUGACGAAGAGGAUGAGUCGAUGCACGGAGUAGUAGCAGAUGCAUUCCAUAUGAGUUUUCGUUCAUAUAAAGGGCGCUUGUUCUUGCUUGGUUAUAACGAAGCCUUAGUAGGCAGUCUCUCAAAUUGGGCCGAUCGCUUGCUGGCGCUUAUGGAGGCUGGUGACUUUAUCGGGGCCAUUCGAUUAGCAACCUCCUACUAUACGGGAGAGUCAGAAAAGCUGACGGUUGGGCUCCCGGAAGAGGAUGUUUUGAGACAGCCCAUUGUGCAAGAAAGGCUUUUGGAAAUGAUCUCCGCAUCCCUCAGGUAUGCUUUUGGUCGAAAUUCCGAAGCAAGCAACGGCCGACUUGAGAACCAGCAGCUGGAGGAGCUAGCAGAUGUCUCUAUCGCGGCUUGUAUCUACAUGGCCGACGAAGAGUUCCUCUGGGAGGAAGUCUUCAACUGGUAUGAGGAGCAUGAGUCAGCGGGCAUCUUCCUGGAUGCCCUCGAACCACGCAUCGUUGAUGGGACUCUGCGAUCACUGCCUCCGACCGCGGUCAAGGCCUUGAUUAACCAUUUUAUUGAAACUCACUCGGCCGGUCGGCUGGAGGAGAUCAUCUGUCUGCUUGACACUACCACAAUGGACAUCGAUCAAGUCACAACGCUGUGUAAGCAGCACAAUCUUUACGACGCCUUUAUAUAUGUAUGGAACCGCUGUUUGAUGGAUUAUGUGGGACCACUGGAAGAGCUACUACAUCUGAUUCCAUCACAAUCCGAACCCUUGGUCAACGGUGACUACGCGAUUGACAUGAGACGGCAGAACAAUGCGAUGAAAAUGUUCCCCUAUUUGUCAUUUAUCUUGACGGGUCGCAUAUAUCCCACCGGAGACGACAUGGACGAGGCUGAAGCCACGCGAGCCAAAACAGACUUGUACCAAUUCCUCUUCUCAGGCCGUGGGUCCGGUACGGUACCUGGAGAUACCAACGGGGCAGACUCAUUCUCUCAACUUAAAGCCAUGCUCAAGUUCGAUGCUUCUAGCUUCAUGAGCAUGCUUAACGAGGCAUUCGAGGAUAGCUUCCUCAAUGAGCCCGAGAGCGAGGAUGUCUCCGCGUCGGGCAUGUUGAUCAAUCGACAGUACCUCAUCAGCAUUUUGCUGCAAGUCAUGACCGGCAAUUUCUUCACGCCUUUUGAUACCAUUUACUUGGAUAUGUUUGUUGCGCGCAAUCUUCCCAAAUAUCCUCAGUAUAUUCUCCUUUCUGGCACGACCCUCCACCAGGUUCUAGUCCGUGUAUGCCAAUAUCCCGAGCAGGAAAUGGCAGACGAUUGCGAAUUGAGUGCAGAGUAUCUGCUGUCUUUUUACCACCCACCGAAUAUCCAGAGCAUGAUCCCUCUAUUUAAAGAGGCGCGCUUUUUCCGGAUUCUCAAGUCGACCUAUCGAUCAGAGAAGCAAUAUCCCCUGUUGGUCAUGACUUACCUGGAGGAUCCGAGUGGCCGCGACUCUAUCUUCACCUGCCUGCAUGACUGCCUCCGUCCAGGCUCUGGCCUUGGCAAGAAACAGAGACGCGAUAUCGUGGAUGUAGUCAAGGAGCAUGCCCGGGAAAUCGCUGCAAUUGACGUGACGCACGCUGCACAGACUAUGCAAGACUUGGCACCUGAAGCACACUCUACGUUUUUGAGAGUUCUAGAAGAUGAUCCCCAGAAACAGUACCAGUAUUUGCUGGUCCUGGUCGAGCCGCAGGCUCAAACUGCGGACACUCAAUCUUCGCCCAGUAUUGAGAACUGGAUGAUCGAGCGCUACGUGCAGCUCUUGUGCAAAUACAACCCCUCUCAUGUCGCAGACUUUGUCGACGGAUUACGAGUUGGUGACAUCCACCUGGACGAACUGCUCCCGUACAUCGAGGAAAGCGGAGCCAUCGAUGCUGCCGUCAUCCUCCUCGCCCGACAGGGCCAAGUCCGUGAGGCCCUUGACCGUCUUGUCGCACACCUGAGCACCCUCGAAUCCGGUCUGGUAGGCAUCCUCCAGAGCUAUGCUGGUGUCGGAACGUGGCUCUGCCAGGGCCAAAGUAAGACAGUCAAGCAGUCGCGCACAGGCAGCGCCAACGGCAAACGCAACUCGCCAACCCUCGACCAGCCUCUAGCGUUUGACGAACUCCUCUGGCUCGACCAUAUCGAAGCCGUGGUCCGCAUCGCAAGCAACGUCUUCGCCUUCAUACAAGGAAACAACGCCCAAAUCACCCUCCCCGCCCAACCAACAACUUCCCUCGCCGGCGAAAGCGGCCGCCUAACAACCUCCUUCCGCACCCUCGUCCAGCAAGUCUUCACAGCCCUCCUAGCAAGCACAGUAAAGAGCAGCCCAGCCACAACCGAAAGAACAGACAUGUCCUUCCUCCGCAUCCUGCGCGCAUUCCUCACCCGCGCCGCAACCUGGUCCCCCUCCCUCCUCGAGCUGCGCGCCGUGCUAGCCUCCAUCUUCUCGGCCUACUCCUACGAGAAAUCCCUGUUGACCCUCGCAAACGGCAUGCUGGACCGCGACCUCUUCGUCCACGUCGACGAAGUCUCCCGUCUACGCCAGCACGGCUGGCGGCCCCGCGGCCACGUCUGCGAGAUCUGCCGCCGCCGCAUCUGGGGCCCCAGCGUUGGCGACGCGCAUUGGUCCGCAUGGGAAGCGCGACGCGGCGAUGCCUAUGCCCGCCGUAUUGCAAGGCGUAAUGAGGAUGGCUAUAACCCGUCCGAGCGCGGGAAGGGCAAGGCUGCUGAUGUCGGAGUCGGUCAUCCGUCCCGUCUGUAUGCGGGCGGUGCGCAUGGGCAUGCCCAUGCCCUCGCUCACCACGAGCAUGGGGCUCGUGGUAGUGGUAUGUCCGAUGCGAACGCUGACCAUGGUCACGACCAGGACCACGAUCAAGACCACGUUGAGGGUGGAGCUGGAUCUAGCACCGCGGCUACAGUCGCAGAUAGCACCCCAGAACCCGUUGUCGUUUUCGCCUGCCGACAUCUCUACCACCGACGCUGCGUGCUGGACACCGUCAGCGCGGGGGCUCGACCCGCUGAAACCGCGUUUCGGCGCGAUCAUUUGCCCGACUGGUCAGGGACCGAGCUGUUCUGCCCGGUCUGUACAUAG